AUGAACGGUCCUGCGCGUUUGCACCCGGCUCCGCAGACCGGGGAGAGCGGACCGAUCUCGCCGAUGCCAAGGGGUGUGAGAGGUCCUCGAUUCUUAAUGCAGUUCAAAGUCAAAAUCUUGAUCAGUCCUUCAGCAUCGUCGGGAAACGAACGAGCCAAGAUUCAGCAUCCACAUCAGUACGAAGGGGCUGAGAUGAUGGCUUCUCCUCGGCCGUCGAUGUCUUCUGCUCGGGUUCAGUCGACGCGACCAGAGCAAGUGGUUGGCGCGAGAACUGACCAGUCAGGAGACCGCAGACCGGGUGUGAGGGGCAACGAGGUCCACCAUCCCCUUCCUUUCCCGGGCAGAAGAGAUUCUUUCGAUCCAAAUCGGCCAGCCUCACCGUCACCGUCACCUGCUCCAGCUUCCCGUCGUCGCUUCAGUUUGACGACCUUGGUCCGUACCUCGACCACGACCAAGCCAGCGACUAUUCCGAAACCCAGCCCUCCUAAAACACCCCCAUCCCCACUUUCCUCCGUCAAGCAAAACUUAAAAAAAGGCUGGACCCACCUCAAUUUACUUCCUCGUGGACCUCCUAACCAAGAGACCCAAUUAGGUGUCUCCCCUCGCCAACGCCUCUCAACCUCCUCCAGCCGCUUCGUCGAAGAUCUUCGUAAUCGAAAGAUCAGUUCCCCUUUCGUGAGUGGGCCACGCGUCGGUGGACUUCGUGGGGUCGAAAAUGGGGGUUGGCGAUCUUCUUUCGACGGGGCUACAGUGGUAGGGAUGAAUGAAUUAGGUCAAUUGGAAAGGGUGAGUCAGUUCAUACGGACGCCUAAAACCCCCGCAACUCACUGAUCCUUUACCUCGCUUGAACCCUUCUCAGCCUUCGGCCACCCCCAAUCCUCGAAACGCUCGACAUUCCUUCCAAUCCGCCCUUCGCCCGACCUCCAGUUCAACCUAUCCACCGCGUCAUUCGCUCGACGGCAACGUAGGUCCAACUCUCCAACCCAACCCUCCUUCCUCGACGCAUCGAACGACCUCCCUCUCCCCACCACCGCAUUGUCGAACGCCAACUCCCACUCCAUCGAACCCCAACUCACUAGGUAUAAAACGUAAACCCGCGCCAGCCGUAACGCCUUCCUUGAUUCGCCAAACGACCUCGGGUGGAGGAGGAUCCCCUCGCGCACAAUCAUUUCAUCAGCCGACGACGACGGUCGGAGACGUUUUGCAGAGGAGAAGUAUAUCCGGUCCCGGUCCGGAUGGGGUACUUCGAAGACCUGUAUUGCAAGAAGUUCAGGCGCUUACUUUGAGGUCGAGUAUGGAUGCGAAAGCGGAAACGGAAACGGAGCGUGGAAGGACAGCAGAGGAGGGUGCGGAGGUCUGA